GCGCUGCAGUGCUUCCUCCAGACCACAGGCAGCGCUGUCGCACAGACUCACUGACGCUGUGCUGCUGCUGAUCUGAGCGCUCUUCAGCGGAUUCAUGCAACAUAUCUCGCUUUAAACACCGUUUCACUUCAUUUCUGGCUGUUCGUGUGUUUUAAGUGAACGCCAUGUCCUACAAUUACGUGGUCACAGCGCAGAAACCCACGGCAGUGAACGCCUGUAUCACGGGUCACUUCACAUCUGCUGAGGAUCUGAACCUGCUCAUCGCCAAGAACACCCGUCUGGAGAUCUAUGUGGUCACCGCUGAGGGUCUGCGGCCGGUCAAAGAAGUCGGCAUGUACGGCAAGAUCGCAGUCAUGGAGCUCUUCAGACCCAAGGGUGAGAGCAAAGAUCUUCUGUUCAUUUUGACUGCCAAAUACAACGCCUGUAUCCUGGAGUACAAGCAGAACGGAGACAGCAUUGACAUCAUCACCCGUGCUCACGGCAACGUCCAGGAUCGCAUUGGCCGUCCGUCGGAAACCGGGAUCAUCGGGAUCGUGGAUCCGGAGUGCCGUAUGAUUGGCUUGCGGCUGUACGACGGGCUGUUUAAGGUCAUCCCACUGGACCGCGACAACCGUGAGCUCAAAGCCUUCAACAUUCGUCUGGAGGAGCUGCAGGUCAUAGACGUCCAGUUCCUGUACGGCUGCCAGGCGCCGACCGUCUGCUUCAUAUAUCAGGACCCUCAGGGUCGACACGUCAAGACAUACGAGGUGUCUCUGAGGGAGAAGGAGUUCAACAAAGGUCCCUGGAAGCAGGAAAAUGUGGAAGCUGAAGCAUCAAUGGUCAUUCCAGUCCCAGAGCCGUUUGGAGGUGCUAUAAUCAUUGGACAGGAGUCCAUCACGUAUCACAACGGAGACAAAUACUUGGCGAUCGCACCUCCGACCAUCAAGCAAAGCACCAUUGUGUGCCAUAAUCGCGUGGACCCGAACGGCUCGCGGUACCUGCUGGGAGACAUGGAGGGCCGGCUGUUCAUGCUGCUGCUGGAGAAAGAGGAGCUGAUGGACGGCGCGGUGGUGCUCAAAGACCUGCGCGUGGAGCUGCUGGGAGAGACCUCCAUCGCAGAGUGUCUGACGUAUCUGGAUAACGGUGUGGUGUUCGUGGGAUCCAGACUGGGAGAUUCUCAGCUAGUGAAGUUGAAUGUGGACAGUAAUGACCAGGGCUCAUAUGUGGCUGUAAUGGAGACCUUCACUAACCUGGGGCCAAUAGUGGACAUGUGUGUGGUGGACCUGGAGAGACAAGGACAGGGCCAGUUGGUGACAUGCUCCGGGGCGUUUAAGGAAGGCUCUCUGAGGAUCAUCCGCAAUGGCAUAGGAAUCCAUGAACAUGCCAGCAUCGACCUGCCCGGAAUUAAAGGUCUGUGGCCACUUCGCUCCGAGUCAGGCAGAGACACUGAUGACAUGCUGGUUCUGUCUUUUGUCGGUCAAACCAGAGUGCUGAUGCUGAGCGGAGAGGAGGUGGAGGAGACAGAGUUGCCGGGAUUUGUGGAUAAUCAGCAGACGUUCUUCUGUGGGAAUGUAGCGCAUCAGCAGCUCAUACAGAUCACGUCGGUGUCUGUGCGGCUGGUCACUCAGGACAGCAAGGCUCUGGUGAGCGAGUGGAAGGAGCCGCAGGGCAGGAACAUCAGUGUGGCGUCCUGUAACAGCACACAGGUGGUGCUGGCUGUGGGACGAGUCCUCUAUUACCUUCAGAUACUCACCGGAGAACUCAAACAGAUCAGCUCUACAGAGAUGGAGCAUGAGGUGGCGUGUCUGGACAUCACUCCUCUGGGCGAGAGCGCAGGAGAAUCCAGCAUCUGCGCUGUGGGACUCUGGACCGACAUCUCGGCUCGCCUGCUGAAGUUGCCCUGCUUCAGCCCGCUGCACAAAGAGAUGCUGGGCGGAGAGAUCAUUCCUCGAUCCAUCCUCAUGACUACGUUUGAGGGCAGUCACUACCUGCUGUGCGCGCUGGGAGACGGGGCGCUCUUCUACUUCGGACUGGACAUUCAGACAGGUGUUUUAAGUGAACGUAAGAAGGUCACUCUCGGCACUCAGCCGACGGUUCUGCGCACCUUCCGCUCGCUCUCCACAUCCAAUGUGUUCGCCUGCUCUGACAGACCGACCGUCAUCUACUCCAGCAACCACAAACUGGUCUUCUCUAACGUCAACCUCAAGGAGGUGAACUACAUGUGCCCACUCAACUCCGAGGGCUACCCUGACAGUUUGGCUCUGGCCAAUAACAGUACUCUGACCAUCGGCACGAUUGACGAGAUCCAGAAGCUGCACAUCCGAACCGUGCCGCUCUACGAGUCGCCCAAGCGGAUCUGUUAUCAGGAGGUGUCUCAGUGCUUCGGAGUUCUGUCCAGUAGAGUAGAAAUGCAGGAUGCUAGUGGAACGACAGCAGCCGUGCGGCCCAGUGCCAGCACACAGGCGUUGUCCAGCAGCGUGAGCUCCAGUAAGUUGUUUCCCAGCAGCACGUCACCUCAUGAGACGUCGUUCGGAGAGGAGGUGGAGGUGCACAGUUUACUGGUGGUGGAUCAGCACACGUUCGAGGUGCUGCACGCGCAUCAGUUCCUGCAGAACGAGUACGCCCUCAGCAUGGUCUCCUGUAAGCUGGGCAGAGAUCCGGCCGUCUACUUCAUCGUCGGCACAGCAAUGGUGUAUCCGGAAGAGGCGGAGCCUAAGCAGGGCCGCAUCAUCGUCUUUCACUAUACAGACGGUAAACUGCAGACGGUGGCAGAGAAGGAGGUUAAAGGUGCCGUUUACUCUAUGGUGGAGUUUAACGGUAAACUGUUGGCCAGCAUCAACAGCACCGUGCGUUUGUACGAGUGGACGGCAGAGAAGGAGCUGCGGACCGAGUGCAAUCACUAUAAUAACAUCAUGGCCCUGUAUCUGAAAACUAAAGGCGACUUUAUCCUGGUGGGCGACCUGAUGCGCUCAGUGCUGCUGCUGGCCUACAAACCCAUGGAGGGCAGCUUUGAGGAGAUUGCCCGUGAUUUCAAUCCAAACUGGAUGAGUGCUGUCGAAAUCCUGGACGAUGACAACUUCCUUGGAGCGGAGAACGCUUUCAACCUGUUUGUCUGCCAGAAGGACAGUGCGGCCACUACAGACGAGGAGCGGCAGCACCUACAGGAAGUGGGUCUGUUCCACCUGGGCGAAUUUGUCAAUGUGUUUUCACACGGUUCUCUGGUGCUGCAGAACCUGGGCGAGAGCUCCACUCCAACCCAAGGGUCUGUGCUGUUCGGCACAGUCAACGGCAUGAUCGGUUUGGUGACGUCACUGUCAGAGGGCUGGUACAGUUUACUGCUGGAUCUACAGAACCGACUGAACAAAGUCAUCAAGAGCGUCGGCAAGAUAGAGCACAGCUUAUAUCCUUUAAAACAGGAUCUGUCAGAGAGACGUGCUGCGUUAUCGUGUGUGUUCUUGUAUAUGGUUUAUGAGUACACAAAUGUGUAUAAUGACAUGGGUAUUCCAAUGUAAACAUGGUUUAUGAGGACACUUCCUGUGUCCUCGUAAACCAAAUAGCUUAAAAAAAAACAAAACUAAACGGUGUGUGGGUUUUUUUUUUUUUUUUAAAUUCAAAAAAUGCCGACAGUUUCCUGUGAUGGGUAGGUUUAGGGGUAGUGUAGGGGGAGAGAAUAUACAGUUUGUACAGUAUAAAAACAUUAUGCCUAUGGAGAGUCCCCGUAAACCACAUAUACACGUGUGUGUGUGUGUGUGUGUGUGUGUGUGUGUGUGCGCUGAAUUGACACUCUUUUGGCACAAACUGUGGAUCUGUUGAAGUCCUUGACUAGCACCACCUGGAGGUCAUUCCACACCGAGCGCAAGACCGAGCAGGCUACAGGAUUCAUUGAUGGAGAUCUUAUCGAGAGCUUCCUGGAUCUGGGUCGAGCCAAGAUGCAGGAGGUGGUCAGCACACUGCAGAUCGACGACGGCAGCGGAAUGAAGCGGGAAGCCACGGUGGAUGAGGUUAUUAAAAUCGUGGAGGAGCUGACGCGGAUCCACUAGCCAAUCAGAGCGUCUCAGAUCUGUACAUAGCUAUACAUAAAUCAGAGGGUGUGUGUGCGUGCGCUUCACUCCUGUAGAUGAAUUUGAGUCCCUCACAGCCUCGUGUACGCCGCACAUCACUUCACAACUACACUCGCAGCGUUUGUCCUGAGAGCGUAGAGACGAGGAACGGAGGUUAUUCUGCCAUCACUGUCCAAUACUGAUCUGCAAUAGUUUUAGUGAAGCGUUUGCCUUUGUGAUGUUUUCUCUGUUCGUUCAUUUAUUUUAAUAAAGUUUCCUUCAGUA